AUGAGUUCGCUGCUUGGUGUCAUGGAGGUGAAGUUCAAAUUGGGCCAGCCCAAGCUCUUCCUCAGGGCAGGACAACUGACAUUCAUGGAUGUGGCCAUAGAAUUCUCUGAGGAGGAGUGGGGAUGCCUGACCCACACUCAGCGGGAACUGUACAGGGUUGUGAUGUUGGAGAACUACAGACACUUCUGCUUCCUGGGACUCAUUGGGUCCAAGCCAGACUUGGUGUCCUUUUUGGAACAGAAUAAGUUCUGGGAUGUGACAAGAAAGGAGACAGUAGCCUUCCAUCCAGCUGUAUCUUCACAUGACCCUCAAAGCUGCCUGCAGAAGCCAAGCGUAGAAACUUCUUUCCAAAAAGUGUCAAUGGGUAGAUACAAAAAUAGUGCUGUUGAAAAUGUUUGCUUAAUGACAUACUGGGACAAUGAUGGGGAGAGUGAAGGGCAUCAAACAUACCAUGAAGGACAUAGCCAUUUGGAGACAACCGCGCUUGAUAAGAAUCAAAAUGACCAGAAUAGUGAAGGAUAUAAAACAUCAUGGAAAACCUUACUUUUUAAGUCAACUGUUUCUGCAAAGCAGUGUGUUUCUGUCAGCAAAAGCUCCAAUCAAAUAUUCAAACAUACAUACGGAGAGAAACCUUUCCAAUGUAAAGAACGCAGCAAAACCUUUAACUUCAGCUCAAACCUAUUUCAGCAUCACAGAAAUCAUACUGUAGAGAAACCAUACAAAUGUGAGAAAUUUAGUAAAACCAUUAAAGACUUCUCAUCACUAAGUGGACACAGGCAAAUUCAUACUGGAGAGAAACUCUACAAAUGUAAAGAAUGUGGCAAAGGUUUUAAGUUUCACACAGCAUUUACUCGACAUCACAGAAUUCAUACUGGAGAGAAACCUUACCAAUGUUCAGAAUGUGGCAAGGCCUUUAACAGGCACUCAAACUUUAUUCAACAUCACAGAAUUCAUACUGGAGAGAAACCUUACCAAUGUCCAGAAUGUGGCAAGGCCUUUAACCAGCACUCAGCCCUUACUCAACAUCACAGAAUUCAUACUGGAGAGAAACCUUACCAAUGUCCAGAAUGUGGCAAGGCCUUUAACCAUCACUCAGCCCUUACUCGACAUCACAGAAUUCAUACUGGAGAGAAACCUUACCAAUGUCUAGAAUGUGGCAAAGCCUUUAAACAGCACUCACACCUGACUCAACAUCACAGAAUUCAUACUGGAGAGAAACCUUACCAAUGUCCAGAAUGUGGCAAGGCCUUUAACAUCCACUCAAACUUUAUUCAACAUCAUAGAAUUCAUACUGGAGAGAAACCUUACCAAUGUCCAGAAUGUGGCAAGGCCUUUAACAGGCACUCAAACUUUAUUCAACAUUACAGAAUUCAUACUGGAGAGAAACCUUACCAAUGUCAAGAAUGUGGCAAGGCCUUUAACCAGCACUCAGCCCUUACUCAACACCACAGAAUUCAUACUGGAGAGAAACCUUACCAAUGUCCAGAAUGUGGCAAAGCCUUUAACAUCCACUCAAACUUUAUUCAACAUCACAGAAUUCAUACUGGAGAGAAACCAUAUAAAUGUAAAGAAAUUGGAAAGACUUUUCAACAGCACUCACACCUUAGUAACCAUAAUAGAAUUCAUACUGGAUAG